AUGGAGGUGGUGCCAGCUGCACAGGAAGGCGCGCACUAUGUGUGCCGUCUCUGUGGCAAUGGGUACCCUGACUCAUCGGGUCGCCUUCAUGGGAAAAGCUUUACCUGUUGGACAUGCUUAAACAUUCAACAGACGAUUCGCCGCAACCUUGGGACAACAGCCCCGCUGAGCGAGUUCAGCACGGAAGAGACGCACGCGUUCUUCCAGAAGGUGCCGGAGACAAAGGAAGAGAAAGAAGGCAAGCUGUCUUGGACCACGGUUCGGGGGCAGUUACUGAAAGUGAUGACUCAGCGGCAUUUGUCCCGCUUUGCAGCCAAGGUCGACGUGGAGGAACUUCCCCUCGGUGUCUACGAGGCACGGGGAUGGAAAACGGAAAUUGUGGAAAGAUUUCCGAAGGAAUGGAAUGCUCAAUACAACGAUUACAUCUACAAAGUUCCAGUGCGUACUAUGACUUGGGAAGAGGCCUAUGAGACUGUGAAUGAGACAAUUAUGCAAUUAGAAAAGGAAGCUGCCCAGAAAAGGGGUAAAAAAGAUGGCAAAGGGGAAGCGGGGCCGAGCCUGGACUUGCCACGUGCAGGACCGGAGAGAAAGGAAGACAAGAGUGAGAAGAAGGCAGAGCGCGAAGCCGCUAGUCAAGCGAAAAAGAUUUCUACGGGAAAUCAGAAGAUUGCUUCGACAGCGGCUAACGCGUUGGGUCCCCUGAACUCGCUGGAAACAUCUUUGUCGAAAGUUCUGACCAAGGCUGACGCUGUGUCCCAAGAGGAUUCGGCUGCGAAGCAAUUGUGUCAGGAGACGCUCGAUAAAGCAAAGAUGUGGAAGCAGCGUGCGCACGCCGCAGUGACUCGGCAUGAGCAAGACAAAGGGUCUGCAGGGCAGGUAGAAGCCUUGGAAAGUUUACCGUUCGGGGCUACUGAGGUGAAGACGCUCUGCAAACAAGGCGCAGAAGCGACCAAGGAGUUGAAAGCCAGUUUCCCUAAGAGGGAAGCAAAGGCCAAAGCUGCCCCGAAGGAGGCUGCGCUGGCAGAGGGCGGCGAUGGUGUGGCCAAGAGACGACGCAUGAAAGGGCUAAGUGCUGCGGAUUGUCGGGAGGUGAUUCAUCUUCUACGGGAAGAUGAUAAAGGCGUCCAUACCUGCCAUCGUCAAGAACAAAAAUUUCCGGAGGCAUCGAAAAUGAUGCGCCAAGUGCGCUUGCCGGGCGCGAACGGGUUAGUAUUUCACUACAACUCGUUACCAGAGUUAGUCUACGAGAAGACUCUGCGUUGUCCACUCUUUGCCACCAUGAUGAAGGAAGCAAUGAAAGUGGCAAAUGGACAUCUCACGUUGGUUAUCUUCAGUGAUGAAGCGAAUCCGGGGAAUAUCUUGCAUGGCAGACAUCCCCGUAAGACCAAUCUGGUAUAUGCCUCAUUUCUGGAGUUGCCCUGUCUCUUUGUAGAUAGCAUGUGGUUGCCGCUUUCAGCGCAAAGAGCGGACGAUGUGUCAGCUCACGAGACUUCCUACGCGGAAAUCAUGCGGCACUUGCUAGAAGCUAUCUAUGCGGAGACAGAAUGUGGCGUGCCGAUAUGCAUUGGGUCUUCUGGCCACUUGGUCUUCAUCGAUCGUGUCCUUCUCUUGAAUGACCAUGAAGGAUUGCGAAGUGUGAGCGGGGCCAAAGGCUCUGCAGGCAUGAAAUCGUGUUGUCACUGCUCCAAUGUUCUCAGCUUGGGACGCCCAUGUCCACCAGGCUAUACAGAUAUUUCAGAGAUGUCGCCGUCCAAGUUUGUACGUCAAACGGACGAAGGCCUGAUGGAUAUACGCAAUCAUUUCGCCAUGUGCACAACCAAAAAGGAGAAGAAGGAUGCCGAGACGAUGUUAGGCUGGAACGCUGACAACCUGGAAAAGUCAGCCCUAGCUUCACCUGUGUUGCAGCACUGGAUUCGGUUAGAUUCCUUAUAUUUGGACGCAAUGCAUGAAUACCACAGCUGCGGAAUGGUAGCACAAGAAUUGGGUCUCUGGUACACACAAUUGAAAGAUUGCGGUUACACCCUGGAAAUCCUGCAACGAUGGGUCGCUAUCGGAUGGACUGCGUCGCAAGGUGACCAACAACCACACCUCGUUUGCAGUGACAAACUCUUCAAAUAUGAGAUGGAUUACCGUGGAGAUGCCAGCGCUUGUCGGAUCGCUCUUCCUUUAGUUUGGGCUUUCUCUAUCGAAGUGCUGCACGGAGAUAAUGCAAUGGAUGACGCAGUGCAGUCAAUCUCUGCAUUGUAUGCUGUUGUUCGGUGUUUGCAACGCGCUAAAAUUUUUGUUUCCCAAGGGGAACAUCUUUUGGCGCUGCAAUGCAAACAUCUCUCGGCCUUUCAGAAAGCGUAUGGCGCAUCUGUCAUGAGGCCAAAGGCGCAUUAUGCCUUGCAUCUGUCCGAACAGAUGAGGAAAUGGCAUCGCCUCAUCGAUUGCCAUGUUGGAGAAAGAAAGCAUCGCUUAUUUAAAAGAUAUGUUGGUCCCAAAAUUUCCAGGCUGGAAGGAUACGCCAAGAGCGUACUUCUACAUCUGACAGAAAUGGAGUUGUCUGGCUACGAGCCAGCAGAGAGACUCCUUGGUCAGACAAUUGGUGUUCCACGUGAGCACCCAUGCAUGGCGAAGCGGCUCAAGCUGCAAACCAAUGCAACCUUUUCCUCUGGUUUUGAGAUUGGCUGCGUAUCGUAUCAGAAUGGUGCCUACUUGCGCAUGUCGCAAGAUUGCUAUGUGGAGGUGCAAGGAGGUGUGUCCUCCGGCCACGACAAAUAUCUUCUGGUAGCUCCUCUACACCGAGAAACCAAGUCCAUGAUGAUCUUUCCUAAGUGGAUAAAAUCAUCUACACACUUAGCAUUGCUGCCAAUCGAACGGUUGAAAGGCCAAGAGCCCUAUCGACUAAUUCGAAAAGAUGCUACUGGAAUUUGGCUGUUACGAUAA